CAAUUAAAUCAUUUCUCAUUGAAAUCAAUGACAUACUUGAUAUUUAAGAAAUUCAAAUUUUCGUAAAAGUAAAAUAUUAGGAUAUUAUUUGGUUUUUAAUAAUGAGCAAUAGGAAAUCGAAAUUGCUGAAAUCGCUGGAGGACUCUGUGUCGCCCAUCGAUCAUGAAGACGUCGUCCGUCUGAUCGCCGACCAGAUUCGGCAGCCUCUCAUGGAUCCAAUUGAACGGAAUCAGAAUAACAAGGAGGAUCUGAGCGUCCUGCACCUAGAAGAUGCCAUCAAAUUCAGGGAUUCGAUGAGUACAUUCCAUAUUUCACCUACUGCAGAAUCUCUUGACGAGGUAAUGCCCGUAAAGGACGAGGAUCUUGGGGAGAUGCUAGAGAUUCUUACCGACUCCAAUCUCGUUGAGGAAGAUGAAGGCGAAGAUGAAGAGGAGGACGAUGACGAGGAGGAGGAUGACGAAAUAGAUGAAGAUGAGGUAGAAGACUUGGGCGAUGGCGCAGAAAAUGUAAAGACGGGCGAUAGUCGGAAAUUAGAUCAUAAAAAUCAUAUAUUUGAUUAAUUUUUCAAAUGAUAUGAGAAAAAGCUAAUA